GUCCCUGCAGAGAGUGACACACGGGUGCAGACAGAAAUCAGCAGCGCGAUGACCGAGUCCUUCCGCGAGUACUACGAAGCGUUCAAGGACCUCCGGUCCGAGGCGGCAGCCGUCAUCCGCCUCAUUCCCGAUGCGCCGGUGGACCGCCGCAUGGCCCUCGAGCGCGACGCGCAGGACCGCAUCGACGAAGUUGAGCGCUACGUGCGCAUUCUCGGCCAAGAGGCGCUGGGCGGCGACGCCCAAAUGAAGCGCAAGAUGCAAACGCAGCUGCACAGCUGCAAGUCGGACCUCGAGAAGCUCCACAACAACCUCUCGAAAGCGGUCUUGGUCGGCGCUGCCCACGAGCGGAGCACGGGCACGACGACCGUGACGGUCCAAGACCGACUCGACCGCACCGGCGCCGUCCUGAACGACGCCAUCACGACCAUUGAAGAGACGCGCGCCAUCGCGAUCGGCGUCGGCGAGAGCCUCGCGACGCAGGGCGACCAGCUGCGCCGGGCCCAAGUCAAUGUGCAUGCAACGCGCGUCGACGUGAAAGAGGCCGCGCUGCACCUCAAGAGCCUCAAGCGCAAGAACAACGUCAAGAUUUUCUUUCUCUGGUUCAUCAUCUUUCUCCUUGUGGGAGGGAUUGUCUACUGGUUUGUGGACAAAAUUAAGAACGUGUGGGGCGUCGUUGCCUAAUCGACUAACUUCAUAACAAUUGUCUCCUUGUAGUCAUCUUGACGAUACAUGGUCUUGUACGAGGAGCUACAGCGCCAGUAGAACGUCAUGUGCGUCAUGCAUGACUCGCGAGUUUGCAAC